AUGUCUGACAUGUUCUAUGACCGAGAUUCAAGGGCUCGGGGUUGCUUGACUUUAAGCUCAAAAACAUCACCUCUUGCUCAAAAGAGAUGGUCUACAUCGAAAACACCUGAAGACCCAAAGAAUCAGGUUCCCGCAGAACCUAAAUCCGCCACAAAACGCCUUCUCUCCAAAAUUCCCAUUGGUAGAAGCCAUGAGAACAUCUACACCAUCCCCAAUAUUCUCACCUUCUCUCGGCUGGUGGCGGCACCUGUAGUAGGAUAUCUGCUCGUCCAUGACUACCAUGCAGCUGCCCUUUCGCUUUUUGCAUAUGCGGGUAUAACUGAUCUAGUCGAUGGCUGGAUCGCCCGAAAGUACCAUCUGCAGACGGUCGUCGGAACCAUCAUUGACCCCAUGGCGGAUAAGUUGCUGAUGACAAUCGGGGUUGCCUGCUUGGCGGUGAAUGGCUCUCUUCCCGUGUGGUUGGCUGUUAUCAUCCUGGGUCGCGAUGUUGGCUUGGCUAUCUCGGCUAUCUACUAUCGCUGGAUUUCACUUCCACCUCCCAAAACGAUGGCUCGGUACUGGGAUUUCUCGCUUCCAUCGGCCGAGGUGAAGCCCACCGAGAUCUCCAAGAUUAAUACUGCGCUGCAGUUGAUGCUGGUUGGUAGUGCGAUCGCUCUUCCUGUGGUGCCAGAGGCAAUCAUCAGUGCCUGGCAUUUAAGCGAGGCUAUGACUGGAUUUCAGUAUCUGGUCGCCACCACCACUAUCUGGUCGGGUCUAAGCUACGUCUUCUCCAACAAUGCGGUAAAGAUCUUGACCAAGGACGAGAUUCAGAAGCGUAUCGCACAGGCGGAAGCAAAGCGUAAGCCAUAA